CAAUUUGAGCAUACACCAGAAUCCGCACGAGCGCGGCUGAACGGACGUACCUAAAUGCUAAGUGCAAUUUGUGUCAACAUAGAGAAUAAGUGAAUAUUAUAUUGUUUCAAUAUAAUAUGAUGCCGUCUUCGAUCAUUACUCUGACGAAGAAAAGUUGCGAUGAUGGUGAAAGUAUUGAAUGCAGCCUACAAGCCAGGCAACGGGACAAAAUGGACGUAAAUAUGGCGUACAAAAUUAAUGAUUAUUAUGACGAAGCUUUGCCGAAAAAUGAAUUUAAAUUAAUGGCACCAAUAAGGCGAUGGGAAAAGCGUAUGGGGUUCGUAACCCCUAUUCGUUGGACGAGUUCUACGAUCAUAACGUUAUUUCAUAUUGUAGUAGUCCUUUAUAAUCUACAUGCGAUUACUUUAGAUGGGGCUCCUCUUUGGAAAACUUUAAUGUUUUCAUUAUUUUGCGGAGGUGUUAGCGGCUUCGGUGUAACUGCAGGUGUGCAUCGAUACUGGACGCACCGGUCAUUUAAAGCUAAAAUUCCUCUGCAAAUUAUAAUGAUGAUAUGUUUUUCACACGCUGGACAGAACAAUAUUCCCAAUUGGGUGCGGGAUCACCGUCUACAUCACAAAAUGUCAGAGACAUCUGCGGAUCCACACGACGCCAACAGAGGGUUCUUCUUCGCACACAUGGGAUGGCUUAUGAUGAAAAAGCAUCCACAUGUGAUCAGAGAAGGCAACAAAAUUUACAUGAGUGACAUUCUGAACGAUCCAUUAAUCAAAUUUCAUACAAAAUACUUCAACGUUUUGAAAUAUCUAUUAUGUUUUAUACUGCCAACCCUCAUACCAGUAUUUCUUUGGGGCGAAACGAUAAAACUAGCCGUGGGAAACACAUUGUUACGAUAUUUGCUUAGCUUACAUUUUACAUGGUCGGUUAAUAGUUUUGCCCAUUUAUGGGGAAAUAAGCCAUACGAUGUCAAAAUAAUGCCAACGGAAAAUUGGAAAGUGUCAUUAGUAGCGAUGGGCGAAGGGUGGCACAAUUAUCAUCACAGUUUCCCAUGGGAUUACAAAGCGGCAGAGCUCGCCUACUUUUUGAACUUGACGACAUUUUAUAUCGACUGUUUCGCAUCAAUUGGUUGGGCGUACGACUUGAAGAGAGCAUCGCCAUUAUUUAUAAAAACUGUAAUAAAUAGUCGAGGUCCUAAAGAACAUAAUCAUUGAUUAUAAUUUAAGUCAUGGAACCUUAAAAUGUGAUGCUCCGAAUCCUAGGGCUGAUAAUAUUUAAGAUUACACCACGAUAGGUACGGUAUAAAUUAUAUAAUUAUGUUUGUUUCGGAUUUUCCUGACGAUAUUUUGUCCCACUGUAAUGGAUGAAUUUAAAAAGAAAUUUAAUCACAAAUACACGUCAUUAUUACUUAUUG